AAGAAAAAUUACCAGUAUUCAGAAAAGGAUCAAAAUUCAUCCAGCAUAAUUAAGUUUUUAAAUACCACUGUGUCCAAGUUCUCUAAGAAAGGUUCUUCUCAGAUAGCGAAUCACUUAGAACUGUAUGAAUCCACUAUGGAUUCUUUAAAAUUAUACUCUGAUGCUGACAGAAUCAGAUUCCUUCCAUGGGCAUUUGAUGAUAAAUAUCGUCAUUACUUUACCUCUUUUAGGGAGAGAGGAAUUCAAGAUUGGCCAAGUGUUUUGCAUGAAGUUAAACUGGAAUUCGGACCUUACCGAACCAUUACUGCUGCAAAACGGGACAUAUAUAAGCUUACAUGUAGGCCCAAUCAAAGUCCCCGUGAAUUCCUCUCUAUCCUUAAAAAUGCCUAUGGGUUAGCAUAUAGAUCCCCAAACUGGGAAUCUGAAGAGUUUAAGCAGUUGUUCUAUGAUGCUAUGCCAACCCAGAUCAAACUUAGCCUAGCCAGAGAUCUGGAUAUUGAAGCUCCCUUGGAUAGGUUGGUGACGGCUGCCACCACGCUGUAUAAUAUCAGUGAAUGCCAUGAAACAGGUGAGAGAAGAUUUAAAAAAUCCCCAGAGCAAAAUAUAGCUGAAGCUAAGGUAAACCCUAGCUUGGGAUUUGAAACACAGUCACGUAAGUACCCUCAGUCUACAGGUCCUGUCCACCAAACCCAUCGACAACAGGUAAGACCCAAGCAAACCAAGCCCCAAAAUCCCAACGGGUCAGAGGGGGAUAAUUCUGGUGCUGGGAGGUCUAACUACCGUCCAUAUUACAAUAAUGGUCCCCAAUAUAGGUCCUAUUACAAUAGGGAUUCCCAGGGUUACAGACGCUGGAAUAACAGGCCCAGACAACAGAGGGAAGAUAGGCAGGAACCCUUAAACUCACCUAGGAGUAGGUCACCCACCAAUAAUCAGGGCGCCUCACAAAACCAAAAUAUGCGCAAACCAAACAGGCGCAAGAUGCCGACUAAGAUCAUUGCCAUCAUCUAUGUCAUCCUAAUCUUGGGGAAAGAAUUCCAUGCCGAGCCGAUUGUUGUGCCAGUGGAUGAGAUGUUCAACGAGACAGUCGAAGCCAUGAGAGAAGUCUCCUCCGAACAGCGACAGUUAAAAACUCUUCUCCACCAGGAGAAGAUGGCUCUCGACUAUCUUUUAGCUGAAAAGGGGGGUUUCUGUGAAUUCAUCGGGGAGGAUUGCUGCACCUGGUGA